AUGAACAGGGUGUUUCACGAUGUAUUGGAUAAGUACAUUAUCAUGUUUAUUGACAACAUCCUAGUCUACUCCAAGAGCGAAGAAGAGCACGUUGACCACCUUCGCUUUGUGCUGCAGCGCUUGAGAGAGAAGCAAUUGUAUGCUAAAUUCAGCAAGUGCAAUUUUUGGUUACAGCAAGUGGCUUUUCUAGGUCAUUUGGUUUCUGCGAAGGGUAUUGAAGUUGACCCCGGCAAGGUACAGUCCGUAGUUGACUGGGAGACACCCAAGAAUGUGGCAGACAUUCGCAGUUUCCUCGGUCUAGCUGGCUAUUAUAGGAGAUUUAUCAAGAAUUUUUCAAAGAUUUCCACUCCUAUGACUCGACUGACCCAAAAGGGCGUGAAGUUCGAGUAG